UUUUUUUGUUGUCUGCUAAGUUUUGGUCUUUGAGUUUUGUUCGCUUACUAUGUCUGGGCGUGGGAAACAAGGAGGCAAAACUCGAGCUAAGGCUAAAACCCGCUCUUCUCGGGCCGGGCUGCAGUUCCCCGUGGGCCGAGUGCACCGCCUGCUCCGCAAGGGUAACUACGCCGAGCGGGUCGGGGCCGGCGCGCCGGUGUACCUGGCGGCGGUGCUGGAGUACCUGACGGCCGAGAUCCUGGAGCUGGCGGGCAACGCGGCCCGCGACAACAAGAAGACGCGCAUCAUCCCGCGCCACCUGCAGCUGGCCAUCCGCAACGACGAGGAGCUCAACAAGCUGCUGGGCAAAGUGACUAUCGCGCAGGGUGGUGUGCUGCCCAACAUCCAGGCCGUGCUGCUGCCCAAGAAAACUGAAAGUCAUCACAAGGUCAAGGGAAAGUAAAGCCUAAGCCAGAACAGCGCAUAACUUUCAGUUUUUUCAGUCAUAUAAAGGCUCUUUUCAGAGCCGUCCA